AAACCAUGUGUGUGUCUAUAGAGACAUAGACGAGCGUGUUCCUUCUGCGAGUCCCCUUUUUUGAGAGGUUUCAGCUUUUGUGCCCCAGCAUAUAUAACAAGAUUGUGAUUUGAAGUUGUGGAGAAUUCCUGGUCUUCCCACAAUGGGAGAAAGGACUGAUUGUACCAAGUCGCAUAGCUCACUGGCUGAAUACAGCCCCGUCAGUAAAUCAGACAGGACAGAUUCAAGUGACAGCUGUGAAAUGCAUGAUGGAAACCAAAAUACAAUGCAGCUGAAGAAAGAAAUAUCUUUGCUAAAUGGGAUAAGCCUUAUAGUAGGCAACAUGAUUGGUUCAGGUAUCUUUGUCUCUCCCAAAGGAGUUCUCAUCUACAGCAAAUCUUAUGGAUUGUCUCUAAUAAUUUGGGCAAUUGGAGGGAUUUUUUCAGUCUUUGGAGCUCUCUGCUAUGCUGAACUCGGAACCACUAUUACCAAGUCGGGAGCCAGCUACGCGUACAUCUUGGAGUCUUUCGGGAGCUUCAUUGCUUUUAUUCGUUUGUGGACCUCGCUCCUAAUUGUUGAGCCAACUAGCCAGGCGAUCAUUGCCAUCACCUUUGCGAACUACCUAGUUCAGCCUUUCUUUCCUUCUUGUGACCCUCCAUACCUUGCUUGCCGUCUCAUAGCAGCUGCUUGUGAAUGUCUUCUAACUUUUGUAAAUUGUGCCUAUGUCAAAUGGGGAACGCGGGUGCAGGAUGUAUUUACUUACGCUAAAGUCAUUGCUCUUAUUGUCAUCAUCGUAACCGGACUCGUUAAAAUCUGCCAGGGACAUUCAGCACACUUCGAGAACUCCUUUGAGGGAUCCUCUUUUGAUAUUGGAGACAUUUCCCUCGCUCUCUAUUCUGCCUUGUUUUCUUACUCUGGUUGGGAUACGCUCAAUUUUGUAACAGAAGAGAUCAAAAACCCAGAAAGGACCUUGCCACUGGCUAUUGCAGUGUCUAUGCCAAUUGUGACUGUUAUCUAUAUUAUGACUAAUAUAGCUUAUUAUUCAGUGCUGGAUGUUAAUGCUGUUCUUUCUAGUGAUGCUGUGGCAGUGACGUUUGCUGACCAGGUAUUUGGUAUCUUCAGCUGGACGAUUCCCAUUGCUGUAGCCUUUUCUUGUUUUGGUGGACUUAAUGCUUCAAUUCUAGCAUCAUCAAGGCUAUUUUUUGUAGGAUCUCGAGAAGGUCACCUUCCUGAUCUGUUGUCUAUGAUCCACAUACAGAGGUUCACACCUGUGCCAGCACUGCUCUUCAAUUGUACUAUGACCCUCAUUUACCUGGCUGUAGAAGAUGUCUUUAAGCUUAUUAAUUACUUCAGUUUCAGUUACUGGUUUUUUGUUGGUCUGUCGAUUGCUGGGCAAUUAUAUCUACGCUGGAAGGAACCAGAUCGACCCAGGCCUCUAAAGCUGAGUGUGGCUUUCCCAGUAAUAUUCUGUAUAUGCUCAGUAUUUCUGGUGGUAGUGCCACUCUAUAGCGACACCAUAAAUUCAUUGAUUGGAAUUGGCAUUGCUUUGUCUGGAAUUCCAGUCUAUUUCUUGGGAGUCUAUUUACCUGCAUCAAAGAGACCUGCCUUUAUCGACAAGAUUUUAGGUGCAAUCACACGAAACGUGCAGCUGCUCUGUUACUGUGUUUUAACAGAGAUGGACCCAAGCGAAGAAAAGAAGUUAGAAAUCAAGUCCAACUAAAACUGCAAACCUAUUACAAGAAGCAGGAGGGAAGAGGAAGCAAUUAUUACGAUUAAAGGGAAGAGAAGAGUUGCAACUGGAAAAAAUGGAAAAACUCGUUCCAGUGGUCUUUCAGAAAUACUGAAAAUGGACUUACCUGCAAUUGGAUUCCUGAACAGAUCGUGGCCAGACGUCAUCCUCCUAAACUCUGAUACAUUUUCAGGGCAUGUUUUCAUUGGACAAUCAUUAGCUGCUUCUUUUGAGCACAUAAGCAACACCUCAAUACUGUUCAGAAGGGGUAUUAAAGGGGUAAGAGGAGAGCUGGAUUUCUAAAUCAGAGCUAAUGGAUCAAAUUAGUUUUCUGCUAAACUAGGCAAUGGAAUAAUGUGUUUUUAAAGUUAAACUGAAAACCACUUCACGUCAAAAGACUAAAAGCCAUUUCCAGCUUAAUUCUAAUGGAUGUUUGCAUGGAAUGAUCUGCUGUGCUAUCUCAGUUCUUACUCCAGAAGACAACCGUUCGCAACAAACCAAGUUAUUAGCAGAAAAAAGAACAGAAUUUACGCUACCCUGUUCAAAGACUGAACCACCCUUUCUCCCUUGAAGGACAGGCAUUUCAUUUUGUAUACUACACUGAAAUGUGGUAUCUUCUUGUUGCAAGGAUUUAAUCAACAAGAUUAAACCACCUUUCAUGAGAUACAAAUUCCUUAGCGCUAAAGAUUUGAUUAACACUUGAUGAUUAUGCAUGGAUUCUUCCCUGCUGGCUUGUAAGUACUUGGUCAUCUUCUGAAAAGUUUAAACGAAACUUCCAAAAUUAAAACGCUCAGUUUGAAGCUUGUAAGGAUUUGUGUCUGAACUGUUUCAGUGGAACACACGUUAUCAGUGUUACCUCAGCCAUCAGAAAAUUCCUUUUCUGAAUUUUAGUACUGUUCACUAGAAAACAGUCAUCUUGACCAGAAGUUGCUCUUUAUCUAGCCAUGCUCGAGUUCAAUGUCGGUGUUGACAUAGUGAUCACCAUCUUUCUUCUGAAGGUUAAAGCCUCAAAGGCUGAGACAGAGGAAAAAAAAUACUAGUGCACUACAGACAGAUACAAGUUAGCAAGUCUUGCAAGAUGCAAGUUUCUGGGGACUCCAAAGCUGAAAGCCUAUCAUCAGGACAUGCUGGAACACUGACCCUGAAUCUAGGGGCAGCAGCAAAAGGAAGCAUGAAGCCAGCAGAGUAAGAUAUACUUCCAAACAUAUCAGAAUUCUUUUAUUUCAAAAUGUUGACCUAAGUUGGCUGAAGUUUGUCCAGGUGCAGUUUGUGUGUUUAUUUCAAGUUAAACUAAAACCUGUACUCAAAAGAUUGUGGCUGAAGACACGCAUACUUGAAACGCUGUUCCACAUUUGCAUCAGCCACUUCAGUAACAGUAAAAACAUUUGGAUUCUUGUACUGACUUCCUGCCUAAGUUUAUAUUAAACAAAUAUUUAAUGGUUUAGAAAUUGUGAAUACAUGUUUAAAAACUAAAAAAAUAGAGGCUUUGGGUAAAUUUAUGAAGCCACACCUUUGGAUUUAAGACAGUUAAAAUCCAGCUGAGGAACUUUGUGCAAACUUGGAGCAUAAGCCCCGUAUGGGUGUUUUCAGUCUUUAAUGAAAAUUAGAAUGAGUGCAGUAUUAAAACAGUUAAAAACUAAUUACAUACAAGACUUUUUUUUUUUUUCUUAAAAAGCUGUAUCUAUAGAGACAGCUCUGUCUAAUGGGAAACACAAUUUUAACCUCUCCUCUGCCUCUUAGGAGCCCUAUUAACCUUUCCAUGAAAACAAGAACAAAAACUUCACCUCUGUUACCUUGAUGACAGCAGCAGUCAGAACUAAUUGACCACUUUUCUGCUUUGGGGGAUCCUUUUUACAGACAGCGAAUCACAAGACUCCAGCAGAGAGCCAUUCUUGUUAAACCCCUCACUCUUAAUAAGGAUCAGUCAGAUGAGGCAAGUCCCAGCUUUACCUGUCUUACAUAUCUUACACUGUUGAUGGUGCUGGGUUGACAGCUGCACAACAGAUUGUUCCCUUUGUUACAUGCUUCAUCUUUGCUACUCUGUUCCAGUGACUUUACCCAGAAAAAAAAAAA